UCGACAGUGAAUUAUGACAUUUUUACGAUACCUUCGGUAUCAGAGCAAUCCAUUACUCGAUUUUAGAGCACUCAGUAGUACAUGGCAAACAGGAGCUCCUAACACAAAAUUCGGCUUGCUUUAUUUCCCAAUUAUAAUGGGUUGUUGCUUAACUGACGAAAAAUCAUAAUAUGGUAGGUAGGUUCUGCAUGCCCAUGACGCAAAUCUGGCAACACAGCUUCAUCGUCUCGUUUCGAUGUCUGAGGCGUUUCAGUUGUUUACUCGCAAACGGAACAACUUACGUUUCUUUAUUGUUUAAAUGUAUCUUAUUUUGACAGCUACUCUGUAGUCUUUCUUCUCCUUUUACAAGCUGAUUGUUUAUCGGAAGAACUUCAUUUCCGCGUGAUUUGAUGUGUUGUUAUGGCAACAGAGUCACCUCCUGCGUAGCAUUCAAACAGCUGCAGCUAGUCCCGAGUUAUUUUCCGUUUCGCACAUUGUAGACGACCCGGAGUUACACGGCUAUUAUUGAAGUCAUGGCUCAAUACAGAGCCUCUGAGUCGAAGCGGGAGCAAUUUAGAAGGUACCUCGAAAAAUCUGGAGUCCUCGACACCUUAACAAGCGUUUUAGUUGCUCUUUAUGAGGAGCCUGAGAAACCUAACAAUGCACUGGAUUUCAUAAAGCUUCAUCUCGGGGCAGCUGGUCCAGAGCCAGCAGACACAGAGGCUCUUCGUACAGAGCUGGCUGACCUACAACAGAAGUGCAGCGAGCUCAUGGAGGAGAACAAAGAGCUGAGGAGCAGGCUGAUGCAGUAUGAACCAUCGCCUGAUGGGGAAGCAGCAGAGUAGAGGUUUUCUUUGCUUUUGUGGAGGAAUAAAAAGAAAAAUGUUACUAAA